CAUGAAUCCACAAGCAAAUUAGAAAAAAUAGUACAACUUGAAACCUACGUGGCGCCAGGUUGGCUUAAGAUCUAACCGUUGGAUACAAAAUCAUAUGAUCGAAUGGCGAAAACCGGACCGCCGGAGGAUGCCAGCACGUGGAAACCGACAACAUCCACGAGCAAUCCGAAUUCUCCAAUGGAAUCGGUUCCAUAGCCAUCAAAAUGGAAUUUGAUUGAAAUCAUACUUCAUCCCAAUUUUUCUUUGACUUCCAAUCCAAUCCAUUCAUCUCUUACCCUCUUGCUUCAGGAACAAUCAAGAAGAUAAUGGAGGCCCUGGUUGGUGCCGGCACAGCCCGAUCAUUUCCAGUUCCCGGCGGUCCUGGGACCGGAAUCGAUUGUAACUCCAAGAGGAAUAUCCGGGCUUCUGUUGGAUUCCGAAGAGAGCCCUUUUCCAAGAGGAAAUCGAGUUUAACUUCAGGAGUUUCCAGCUGGGAUUACUUUAAGGAGAGGGAUCAUUUAGACUAUUACUCUAAUUCAGCUGGAAGAAGAAGAAGAAGAGAAAGAUGUGGGGAUACGGUGAUGACGGUUUCGUGUGGGAAAGGCGGUGAUUGUAAGGUUGCGGAGAAGGAGAAGGAGAAGAAUAAGAAGGAUAAGAAGCAGAAGAAGAUGAUGAUGAAGAUGGAGAAGAGGUUGAAGAAGAUGGUGCAGAAACAGAUUGUUCAAGGAGGCGUUGAUUUGUCGAUUUCUCCUGAGAUAUCUGAUCAGAUUAAUCCCUUCCCAGAUGAAUCCAAAGUCUCCAUGAUGAUCUCUGAUGCGGCUGAGAAAUUGCUGGAACAGCUUCUGCUGACAAGGGCAGAGGAGAUGACUUCUGAAUCAUCAUCAUCCUCUUCUUCUUCAGAAUCAAGUGAUAGCGAUUCUGAUUGCGGAGCAGGAGUUGUGACUGACAUGAGAAAACGGAAAAAUUGUUCAACUUCAGUUGCCACAGAGCCUGUAAAAUCUGUUGAAGUGGCAUGCUUACCGAAUGGAGUUAUGAUGGAAUCACCUACUAGUAGUCUUUCAGCAGAAACAGCUGGUUUAUUAUCUGUCCCAGUACUUGCGGAUGAGUGCACCACUCUACUGGAGCAUAAUUUAGAACAACAGAGCGAAUACAUAAUGAGUAGCUCUCCGGUAGCCCUAACUACUGGAUUGCUGCCACCUUCGACCAAGAAAGUCGAGGUGUGUAUGGGUGGUAAAUGCAAGAAAGCAGGUUCUGUGGCACUGUUAGGAGAGUUCCAGAGGCUGCUUGGAACCACUGAAAAUGCAGCUGUAUCAGGAUGCAAAUGCAUGGGGAAAUGCCGGGAUGGCCCUAAUGUUAGAAUCUCGGAUGAUCUUAACAUGAAUGCCUUGUGCAUUGGCAUUGGCUUGACUGAUGUGAAUAUGAUUGUGGAGAAUUACAUUGCUACGAAUCCUGAAUUUGGCCUCAAUUAUGCUUGAUGCUGAUCUUGUAUCUUUGUCACCAGCUUUUUCAUGUAGCCUUGACGUUGCAUUACUAUUGGUUAUUGUGCGUCAUUGGAGGCUGGUACAUGUAAGAUAAGACUGGGAUUAUUUGUUGCUGAUAUUUGGCAGGCAAACCAUCAUAUGGGUUGCAUAGUAUUGUUUAGUAUGUACAAAGAUCUAUAGGCUCGUUUAAUCUAUAAAGUUAGAAUUAGAAAGCCUCAGGGGAGGUCAUGAAACAGACCAAGAGAGAGAGGCCUUGUAUUAUUGUGUACUCCUUACUCUGGUGUUGAAUCAAGUUUGUAGUCUUUUGCUCUUCUAAAGCUGCUUACUCCUUUACACUGGCCCUUUUGGUCUACAUUAUUAAUUCACUUUUUACAUGGAUUUUAUUGAUGGUGAGCUCCCUGCAGUCUGCAUUCUCUCAAUUCAGAAUGGACAAACUAAUACAACAUCUGAGAUGGGACGUCGAUAAAUCGAGAAGCUUUGAAAUUCAUCCAGGAGACGCGGACUCUGUUAAUACACUUAGAUUACUGUAUGAUUGGGGUACAUUUCAAUCAACCCAGGAUCAGAAUGCGGUAGGCAUUAAUACUUCAUUGGCCUUGUAAUGACUGCAGAACUGAAAGUUACCAUUUCUAGCGCAUUCCGGGAGUUCCCAACUUGCGGUGAACCAGUUAGAACCCGAAGCAGUGUUUCCACUUUGGAUCUUCAAAUUUUGGAUUAAUAAGGAAAGAACAAUAAACAAGUUUUUGAGAUUCAUUAAUCUCUGGGGAAUUGCUUUGGCAAAGUUUAAACAAUGUACUUUUGUGGUUACAAUCGCUCACGUUUACUUUGUAAAAUGAUCAAUUACAAUUUACUGCAUGCGC